AUGAUCCGACUGCUGCUGCUGCUGGUGACCUACUGCUGCUGCUGCUGCUGCUGCAUGGAGGCCAGCACAGUGAACCAGUGCCAUGGCUGCUGCUUCUCCAGAGACUUCCCCACCGGACAAGACACACUCGAGACCAUGUUGGUCCAAAAAAAUUACACCUCCAAGGCCUCCUGCUGCAUGCACUACGGGGAACCAACGAAGGUGGAGUGGCGUGGGAAGAUAUUCGAUAGCCACAACCAGUGUCAGUGCCAAACCUGCAAGUACCACACAGCGUGA